GACUGUGUUCAAUGCAGAGCUUUUGACAAGGGAGAAAAGAAGGAAACAUGUUCUCAGGAAUGUAUGCAUUUCAACAUGACACGGGUGGAAAGUCGAGACAAGUUGCCACAGCCUGGACAGCCCGAUCCGUUGUCUCAUUGCAAAGAGAAGGAUGUUGAUGACUGCUGGUUCUACUUCACGUAUUCUGUCAAUUCAAAUGGUGAAGCCAAUGUCCACGUGGUAGAGACCCCAGAAUGCCCCAGUGGCCCUGACAUCAUUCCCAUUGUAGCUGGUGUGGUUGCUGGCAUUGUUCUUAUUGGACUUGCAUUAUUAUUGAUUUGGAAACUACUAAUGAUCAUUCAUGACAGAAGAGAAUUUGCUAAAUUUGAAAAGGAGAAGAUGAAUGCCAAGUGGGAUACGGGUGAAAAUCCUAUUUACAAGAGUGCCGUGACAACUGUGGUCAAUCCUAAAUAUGAGGGAAAAUGAACACUGCUUGUAUAACUUCACAACACUGUAUGCAGCAUAGCGAUUUUUGUAGUCACAGUAAGAUAGAUUUAGGGCAAACUGCAGUGAUUUUACUAAUUCAUUACAUAUAGGUUUGUUUUCCUGUGCAGGUUUUGAAAAUGUACCAUAUGUAAUUUUUUUUUUUUAUUGUUUUUGGCAAGUAAAAGUAAUCAGUGCCAGGGAUCUGACAAAAAAAAACUUGAGACUGUGUAGCCUAGUCAGCUAAGGUCACAUGGUGCCUUUUUGACCUUUUCCACUCCUGUGCUGUGAAUCCGGGUCUUCUGCAGGGUGCGAUACUGCUGUGGCAUGAACGGGGAGGGAGAGGGUUAAGGUAAUCAGCAUGGGGGCUCUGCCUAGCCAUUUAGUAUUAAACUUUUUAGCUUUACAGGGAAAUCAGGGCUUGAGUUUGCAGAUAUAAUUAAACUCGUGUAGCAUGGAGCUGGUGGUUAAUUGGUGUUCUGCUUGCUAGACAUUUGAUUACGUAUAUGGUAAGUUGGAAGUGAGCAGUGUAAAAGACUGAGAAGUGUGUGUAUACUGAUUUUUAAUUUUUAAGUUGCUUAUUGCCAGGUUGUGGUUAAAAUGAAAGUGUUUGAGAAGAAUGUUAAGAAGGAAAAAAUAGCUUUAAAACACGUGCCAUUACUGAAAAAGUUGCUAACUGGUAACUUGCCUAGUUUUUCUUUGUAAAUUCAAGCCCUGGGUGGCAGUAUCAUGAAGUACCUUACCAAGACAUCCUCAAAACACAUAAGGGCCUUAUGUCACACUGUGUCUUUAUUCUGUAAUGUUUCCUUGGUUUAAAGCCUGGUGCUUUGUCACCCUUCUAAUCUUUUUAAUGUAUUUGGUUGCAAUUCUUUCUGUAAUAUUUUUGUAUCAACACGAGCUUUUUUUUUUUCUUCCCUUUUUUUCUGGGCAGUCUUAGCUGUAAAUUUGCCUUUACCCUGUAGCUAAGAUUGCGUAGUUUCUCAUGUGACAUGAGUCACACAUCAUUCUUGACAUGUGCCAUGUAUAUUUGCCUUUGACCAUUCAAACUGCAUCAUAGUCAUAUUCUUGUUUUAAGUGCCUUUUUAUUUUAACAGAUGUUCACUUUUUACAGUGCUGUUACUGAAGUUAUUUAUUAAAUAAAAGUACCUUAAAAUA